AUGGCCUCCUUGUGCAAGUCGUACCACUCGUUACCGCCUCUGUUUCCUGACCAAAACUCAAACGAGGCUAUCAUCGACAGACUUCACUUGUACAAUUUGUGGAGGGCCUCGAAAGACCCCAAGCUUCAACACAACCGCAACCGCCAUUUGCACCCGGCCUCUGAACGUGCUGUCAACCGUUUGUGGCGCCUAUUGAACGAAACCAUCCUUUGCAACCGCCACAGACCUCCUUCCACUGCAUCCAUGGCGCUUCAGGAAGUGCCUUUGCACGGUGGAAAAAAUUUGAAACAGCCUGGCCAUCCGCCUGCUGGGCGUCCUUCGUUGUUCUUGAAAGAUCCUCCUGCCGAGUACCACUCGGACUCUGGUGAUGAUACCUCCGAUCUAUCCGAGGACGACGAUGAUGAGUUCACAGCGUCCAGUCGCCUGUUUGAACUUGGCCAAGAGCAUCGGCUCCCCAGGCCCUCGGGUCCCUGCUGCUCUCGCUACUUGGAGCUGACGCUGUCGCAGCUGGACCACCUGCCCAUGUCAAAAGUGACUCCGCCAGACCCCAAAAAAAACAUAUUCUACAUCGAAAACACGCCUUCUCCGUCGGCUAGAUCGUCUAACGAUAGCAGGUCUUCCGCAACGUACCAGCUGGGGGCCACCGGCACCGCUCCAGAACCCACCACCCAUGGCUCGCAUGAUCACAAUCCCGAAUCUUCGAAACCACACAACCAGCAUCUGACUCUACAUCUACCGCAAAGUCAUCAUCACAAUCAUCCUAAUCAUCAUUGUCUGACCGAUCAUGACAAGCAUCAACAUAAUCAGCUGGCCUCUUUCAAACGCCAAGAUUCGCUAUUUUCUGCUCAGAACCUACGCCAGGGCCUACCGGAUGAUGUGUCUAGUGUCUCCUCAUCCGAGUUGUCUGAGGACGAGGAACGGGACGAUUUGGAUGAACUAAGGGUGCGCCAGCCUUCGACGUUCUCGAAAUCAAGCAGAAGCAUGAAGUCGGACAACGAGAGCGAGUGGGUCUCCAUCUCGUCAGAAGACGAAAAAAACCUACAAAACUCUCCCUCGCUGCAGCCUCUCACCUUCGCUAAAGUGGUGCCUGUUUCUGUGCCAGCUCGCCAUGCUCAGGCUCCUCCCGAUCCUGCUGACUUGUCUACGGAAACGGUGAAGCCUUCGCCAAUCUCCAAGCCUAGGUCGCUUUUGUCUGGGCUAUAUCUUAACGCCAUGGCUGAUCAGACAAGCACUCCACCGGGCAAUAAGAGCAGCAAUGCUGUUGCCUCCAAACCGGUGUUGAAGAGAUCAUCUACUACUGGUGUGAUCACGAUCGACAAAGGCAACAACACCCACAAUAACAACAAUAACAGUAAUGGCUCGAGUGUGAGGGAAAAGAAGCAUCUUCAGAAACCAUCCAUUAUGUUUUCCAAGAGGUACGCUUCCUUGACCGAUAUAUCUAAGCUGUCGCUACGGUCGCCGGUACUUUUUGUUGAGGAAGAGGAUGCCAUAGUGAAGGCGGAUGCUAAUGCAGACGCUGAAAAAUUGUUCGCCAAGCAGACCUCGAGUGUGGGUCUUCUGGAUUUCAUGGCCUCUGCUAAUUCCACUGCAAAUGUACAAAACCUCUCCAUCAAGGAUGGCUCCAACAAGGGCAAUUGCGAGAACUGCGAGUGUGCGAUCUCCUCGAGUUUGAGCAAGUACCAAAAUGUGCCUCCCACCGGUGGGAACUCUUUCAAGAACUUCCUUUCCAAAAGUUCCCUCAGUCUAACUUCGUUGUUUGGCGGCCAAGGCAAGCACGACCGCAAGCCCAGACCACACGGUCCACGUACAUUCUCCAACGACAGCUUGAGGCUCUCGAAGGACUCAAUGAGCGAGAAGUCUGCCAACUCUGGAACAUCUGCGCCUGCGGUGGAGAGAGACGAAGAGCACCGUCAUCAGCCUGAAGAAACAUCAUCAGCAUCCAAUUCAUCCGAGGCAAAUUUGUCAUGCGGAAAUUUGUCAGCACAAAACCACACUAGAUCGAUCAAGACAUCGUCAGUGGCAGCCAAAAAUUUUGAGCCCUCCGUAGAAAUCAGUGGCUCUCUCAAGGAUUCGUUGCUCAUAGAUCAUCGACUAGGGAAGGUUCCACUUCCUGAGCGGGUGAUCAGUGACGAUGAUUUGUUUGGCGGCCAGGACCGGCUCCUUUUUGACGACUCCAACGACGACUACCACUCCAAGGGCUGGUAA